CCUGUCGUCUGCAGACUGACCUUACGAUUUUUUAUUUAAUUUGGAAAACACAAAAAUUUUUUUGCUAUUAAAAAAAUGAAAAGUAGCGUAAGUGAAAUAUAAGCUUUUCUCAAUGUCGGACGAUUCGGAUUUUGAUGGAGAGCCAGAGGAAUUUGACAUUCACAAAAGAAAAUAUCAACUGCUUGCCGAACGAUGCGAAGUUUUACAACAGGAUAAUGAACGGUUGGUGCAUAGGAUUCAUUUGGUUCGAAAAAUUUUGAAAAGAGCCAAAAAAGAGAAAAAGUACUUGAUUGAUAGACUUGAUAAACAUGGUGAUAAUUGGAGAGAAGUUCCAAUGGGAGUGCUGGAAGAGAAUAAUGUUUUUCCAAGUGCACCAAAACAAGAAAAAGGUUUAAAAUCAAGUGGGAAUAAUGUAAAAGAAGAAAAACCCAAAAAAGGGACUAAACGAAAGGGUACUAAAGCAGAUCCUAAUGCACCCAAAAGACCUGCUAAUCCAUUUUUUCAAUUUUGCCAAGAGCAAAGACCUCGAGUUAUGGAAAGAUUAGCUGGUGAGCCAGAGCCAAGCAAGCAAGAACUCACUAGACAAUUAGCAACUACUUGGAAGUCACUCAGUUCUGAGGAUAAAAAGGUGUAUUAUGAUAUGUAUGAGAGAUCAAAAGAAAAGUAUGUAGCUGAAAUGCAAGUUUAUAAUAAGAAAGCUGAAGAUAAUCCUGUGCAAAUGUCUAUGAAUUUGUAAUAAUGUAGAUAAUUGUGUAAAUAAAGUAAUA